UAUUAAUUCAUAAAAGUUUUUGACGUUUUUGUAAUUAGCCAAAAGUAAUUUUGUAAUCAUUAUCUUUGAAAAAUUUAAAUCAUUUUUAAAAUAUAUAUAAUGUAAUUUUAAUUACGGAGAGAUCUGUGCUCUGUUACAGAUUACACAUUGAUAAUGGUUUUAUCUCAUUGCUCCACACAUGUGCUACAGGAUUUUUAAAAUAUAGAUUAAAUUUUAAAUAAAUAAACAAAUAUGGACGCAUAUGGUAAUCCAAUUCCUGGACCAUCAAAAGAAUUUGUAAAUACAGAAACUGAAUCGAUUGCUGCUUACGAUUUUACAUGGUUGGAAAAUGAAUUCAAUAAUGAUGAUGCUAAUGAAAAUUUAAAAGUUCCAACAAGUAUAGUUAAAAGUUUGAAUAAAAAUAAUAGUUAUAAAUUUAAUCAAAUUGAAACAAAUCCUAAUAUUCAAGAUUUUUUUGAAGAAAUUAAUUGCAUAGAUUUUAAUCAAGAUUUUGAACAAAGUAAUUAUACUCUUGUAGAGUUAUUAGAACAAUGUACUAAAUUCAUUGAUAUUUUGGGCCGUAAUAUAGUUUAUUUGGAAGAAAUGAUGAUUGAAAUUAAUAGAAAUAUUGAAAUUUCAAAUAGAAAUGUAACCAAAGCUUUUAAUUGUAUAAAAUUUGAAGAAAAAUGUAUGUCUAAAGUUAAAAUGAAAAAAUUGAAAAUGAAAGCUCAUUUGGCAAACUUUUUUAAAAUUGGUUUAUUAAACUGCCCACGAAAUCCUCAUCUUAUGGAGUUAUAUGAAACUGAAAGAUUAAUAUUAUCGUACAAUGGGCGAUUUAUAUUUGAAGAAUGUGUUGAAAGAAAUCAAUGGAACCAAGAGUUUAAAAAUAAGUUAGAAAAAGCAAUACAUGCUGAAGUAUUGAAUAAAUUAAAAGUUCCUAUGCUUGAACAGCACUUACGUCUUGGUUUAGAUCAACAAAAACAAAGUGAUCCAAUUAUUAAACAUAAAAUUGAAAUUGAAAUGUUAGAUCUUGAAAAAGAAUUAGAAAUUAUAACCAAAACACCGUUUAAGCAAUUAAUCUUUCAGUUUAUGGACUCGGACUCUAAAUAUGAUUGGUUGCAUAUUGCAAAAGAAGUUAAUAAACCUUAUUUACAAUGUCAAAGAUUUUGGAAUUUAAUUUUAAAACCUCAUGUAUCUAGAGCUAGAUGGACUAAAAGUGAGGAUGACCGUUUAAUUCAAAUUGUUGAAAAAAAUGAGGAAAAAAAUUGGCAACGAAUAGCUGAUGAAUUGGGUACUAACCGCAAUGAGUUACAAUGCUUUGUUCAUUAUCAAAAAUAUAAGAAAAUGUUACACACAAGAGGUAAAUGGUCAAUACAAGAAGAUCAGAAACUUAUAGAUGUAAUUAAAGAAAACUCUGUAGAUAAUAUUAUCAAUUGGCAAAGAGUGUAUUUUGCUAUGCAAGAUAAUAAGAGAACUGUCGAUCAAAUCUAUGGCAGAUGGAUGCAGAGUUUAAAACCAGGCAUUAAGAAAGGGUUUUUGACUGAUAGUGAAAAAUAUAUUAUUAAAAAUGCUAAAAUCAAAAAUUUACCUCCAGCAAUAGUAUCAAUGAAUCUAACUAAUCGAACACCUGCACAAGUUCGAAAUGCUUAUCGUAGAAUGUUAUUAUAUGAAGAUAUUUAUAGAGGUGGUUGGACAAUUGAAGAAGACAAAAAGUUAAUAACUGCUGUAAAUUCUUACGCACCUAAUGAAUUUACUUGGACACAAGUAUCUCAACAGAUACCUGGGCGUAACGCAGAACAAUGCCGUCAUAGAUUAAAAUUAAUUGAAAAAAAAUUUAAAAUGAACCCAAAAUUAACUGUUGACGAUAUUGCACGCCCGUUCCGAUUUUACAGAUCUAAAGAAUUAUCCUUUUUUUCAGAAGAUGAAUUAAAUGGAAAUUUACAUGAAAAAUUUAAACACAAUCGCCAAUUGCUUAAAACAUCUAAUAAACUAAUGGAAACAACUGCUGAUCGCAAGUUGAAAAAAGCAUACUUGGAAAAUAAGUUUGUUAUUGACAAUUGCAAUUUUUCUAGUAAAUGUGAUCUUUAUAGACAUGUACUUAAUUAUUUGGGAGUUGAUUUGGUUGUACCCAAAACUUUUGCCCAUACAGAUGAUUUGAUUGAUGAAGGACUUAUAAGCAUGAUGACUUAUUUAUCAGAGUGUCCCAUUGAUGCAAUGGCUUUAGAUUCCUGUGAUGAUGAGCCUGAUUUGUAUGACCCACUAAUGAUUCACGAAGGAGUUCACAAUGUCCUAAAAACAAGUGAUAUCAUUAAUUCCGAUUUAAGUGAAAUAGAAGGUUUAUUAGACAUUAGAUUAAGAAAUAUUGAAAAGAAACAACCUAAAGAAAGUAUUAAUACAAAAAACUUUAUUGAAAAAAAGAAAGAUCUACUACUACCUCUACAGUCCAUUGGUUCUGUACCACCAAAUCAUGAGACAUUUAAAAUGUUGUAUACAUAUAUGAAUUCUUUAACUUCAAGUAUAAAAAUCGAUCACUGUAAAAAUUCCAAUAUGCAUUUUGAUUGGGAUGAUGAAGAAUCUAAGAAAUUACAUAAACGCCUUGUUGCCAUAUUUAGGUUACCAGCAUUAUUUUCUAGUUUGGUACCAUACAAUACAGCAAACAUAAAUAUGAUUGUAAAUGUUAAAGAAGAGGUCAAAAUAGAACCAUCUAAAAAUUAUUCUAGAAUUAAUAAUGCGCACUCUAAAAAUAAAAAAUACAAUUUCAAUUUAAAAAAUAUUUUUUAAGAAUUAUGUUCCGAUUAGAAAUUUUAAUAUUAUUAGAGACAUUAUUAGUACUGCAAGUAUACAUACAUCUAUUUCUGUAAAAUGGCUAUCAAAAGUGAUUAAAAUAUGAUAUUUUUUUCCUAUAAUUAAU